AUGCUCGCCGCGCACGUGACGCCGACGCCCGUGCGCGGCCGCUGCGCGCGACCCCGGCCGCUCGCCAAGGUCGUCGCGCCCGUCGCGCCCCGCAUCGUCACCACGGAGCAGCUCGCGUCGCGGGAGAAGCGCGCGGUCGAGCGGAGCUGGCCGACGUUCCUGAACGUGUCCGUCUUCGGCUGCGACUACCACAACAACCACCUCGAGGUCCAGUCCGUCGACGAGUGCAAGACGCGCUGCCACCGGCUCGAGCGGUGCAAGGCCUUCUCGUACCUGAAGCACGGCGGCGUCUGCUACUUCAAGACGUGCCGCGAGACGAACCUGCGGAACAUGAGCGGCGUCGACACGUACGUCAAGCACCGCCACAGCCUCGCGCCCGCGGGGUCGAGCUGCCCGAAGACCCGGAAACUCCGCGUCGCGCCCGAGAACCCCGCCGUCGCCGUCGUCGUCACCGUGCACGACGCGCUCGAGUGGGUCGAGCGGUGCCUCGCGGCGAUGUUCGACCGCACGGAGGACGCGGCCUACGGCCUCUACCUCGUCAACGACGGCUCGGCGUCGGCGACCCUUCGAGGCCUGGAGCGGCUCGUCGACGCGCGCGGCAAGCGCGACCUCGUGCGCUUCGUGAACUGGCGCGGCGAGAGCGACCUCCACGGCUACACGCGCGCGGUCAACGCGGGUCUGCGGGCGGCCCUGGGCGACGACCCCGCGAUCCCGCCGCCGGCGACGCCCUACGGCGCGUUCUGCCUCCUGAACUCGGACACGGAGAUCCUCACGCCGACGUGGCUCGCGGCGCUCCUGUCGGCGGCCUUCUCGACGCCGGACAUCGGCGUCGUCGGCCCCGUGUCGAACGCGGCGAGCUACCAGUCCGUGCCCCAGCUGCGACACACGAACCCGGACACGGGCAAGGUCGACUGGUCGAAGAACCCGCUCCCGCCGGACUGGCGGCCGCGCGACGUCGCCCAGGCCGUCGCGCGCGCGUCGAAGCUGGGGCUCGUCGACGUGCCCGUGCUCAACGGCUUCUGCCUGCUCGUCAAGGCCGAGGUCUUCGGCGUCGUGGGCCUCUUCGACGACGUCGCGUCGCCGCUCCCGCGUCCGCCGAACCUCUUCCACCCAAAAGCGCACCUUUUUUUUAGGUUCCCCCACGGCUUCGGCGAGGAGAACGACUUCGCGCUGCGCGCGGCGCGGCUCGGCUACCGGCUCAAGGUCGCCGACGGCGUCUACGUCUGGCACCACAAGUCGAAGAGCUACGGCGACGCGACGCGGAAGGACCUGUCGAGCGAGAGCCGCGCGACGCUCCUCCAGCGCUGGGGCCCGCAGCUGCGGGACGCGGUGCAGGCCCUCGAGCGCGAGCCGGCGCUCGACGAGGCGCGGCGGCGCGUCGCCGCGAACCUCGGGGCGCGGAACGCGACGGAGGGCUGCCGGCCCGCGGCGCUGCGCGUGCUCUUCGUGCUGAACCCGAUCCGCCGCGCGCCCCAGCCGCCGGCCAUGCACGGCGGCUGGAUCUCCAUCGUGAACCAGGCCAUCGGGCUCCGCAAGCGGGGCGUCUGCGCGCGCGUCGCCAUCUCCGCGUGGACGCUCGGCACGUUCCGUUCCAACUUCCGCGACAGCGACGACGUCUUCCUGCCCUACAAGGACAACGUGCGCACGCCGCGGGACCUCGCCGACGCCCUGCGGGACCACGCGGCGGCCUUCGACUUUCUGGUCGCGACGCUCUUCACGACGGUCGAGGCCAUCGCGGACGUCGCGGCGUGCCACCCGAACGUGCAGACGGGCUACUUCAUCCAGGACUACGAGGCGGACUUCGACAACCUGGACCUCGUGCUCAAGGAGAAGGCGCUGGAGAGCUACACGCGCGUCGAGGGCAUGGUCCUCUUCGCGAAGACGCGGUGGCUCCGCGAGCGCGUCGCGCGGAACCACAACGUCACGGUGCACGCGGUCACGGGCUCCGUGGACCUGGGCGCCUUCGACGCGGCGCGCGCGGCCCACGACGAGCGCGUGCGCUCGGAGGCCGACCAGCGCAGCGGCGUCGCGCGCGUCGUCGCCAUGCUGCGGCCGUCGACGCCGCGGCGGAACCCGACGGGCACGCUCGACGUGCUCCGGCGCGUCCGCGCGCGCUUCGGCGACCGCGUCGACGUCCACACCUUCGGCUGCCCCGACGACGAGCUCGACGCCUUCCUCUCGGCGUCGGACCGGAGCUUCCUGACGCACCACGGCACGCUGCGCCGCGAGGACGUCGCCGCGCUCUUCGGCGCGUCGGACGUGUUCCUCGACAUGAGCCACUGGCAGGCCUGGGGGCGCACGGGCCUCGAGGCCAUGGCCGCGGGCUGCGUGCCCGUGCUCCCGGGCGGCUCGGGCUCCGAGGAGUACGCCGUGCACGACGCGAACGCGAAGCUGACGAACACGACGGAGCCGGCCGAGGCCGUCGACGCGGUCGGGCACCUCGUCGCGGACGCCAAGUUCCGCAACCGGCUGCGCACGAAGGCCAUCUGGACCGCCGGCGACUUCGAUCUCGCGACGGCGUCGCUGACGGUCCUGAAGCUGUUCUGCGACCGGCUCGACGACGCCGUCGACCGGCUGCUGCUCGCGCCGUCGCCGCCCGUGACGUCGCGGAGCACCGAGAGCUCGAAAGCGCCGUACCUCUCGAGCACGGAGCGAUGCCACGCCGUCACGCGGGGCCCGGCGUGCCACAAGACGACCGUCUCCUUCGACGACGGCGCUUUGGAGACCGACGCCGCCGCCUCCGACGACGGCGCUUUGGAGACCGACGCCGUCUCCUUCGACGACGGCGCUUUGGAGACCGAAGCCGCCGCCUCCGAAGCCGCCGCGUCCGUCGGCGCGUCGACGCUUCGGAACCAGACCCCGUGCCUGGGCGUGACGAACGCGCCGCUCGCCAUGCGGAGCGCGUCGGCGACGGUCGCGUUUUUCCACCGGCGCUUCGCGAACUGGAAGUGGCAGAGGAAAUCGCUCCCGCGCGGCCUCGCGACGCCGUCGAGCUCGAAGGACGACGGCACCAGCGGCGCGCCGCCGCCGUGGCGGCAGAUCGCGAUCCUCUCCGGCAGCUCCUUCGUCGCGAACGCGGGCUUCGGGUGCAUCAUCCCCGUGCUGCCGUCGCUCUCCGAGUCGCUGUCGCUCGGCGCCGUCGGCGUCGGCGUCAUCCUGUCGGCGCCCGCGGCGGCGCGCGUGGUGCUCAACGUGCGCCUCGGCGCGCUCGCCGACGAGAUCGGGCGGCGGCCGUUGAUGAUCGCCGGCAGCGCCCUGGGCGCCGCGGGCACCUUCGCGACGGGCUCCGCGGGGUCGCUGCUCGAGCUCGUGCCCGCGCGGCUCCUCGCGGGCGCGGGCUCCGCGGCGACGCUCGCGGGCGCCCAGGCCUACAUGGCCGACGUCACGGAGGGCCGGGGCGACCGCGGCAAGCUGCUGGGCGUCCAGCAGGCCGCCGUCGCGCUCGGCUUCAUCGGCGGGCCCGCGCUCGGCGGCGGCCUCGCCGAGGUCCUGGGCCCGCACGCGCUCUUCCACGCCGUCGGCGUCUGCAACCUGCUCUGCGUCGCCGGCUACGCGCUCCUGCCGGAGACGCACCAGGGGACCGGCAUCGCCGCGUCCGACGCGGACGCCGCCGCGGACGCGGACACGCGAGCGCGGCUCGCGGCCGCGUGGCGGGGCCCGCUGCCGCCGCUGCUGGCCAUGCAGCUCGCGCAGUACCUCGGCUACGCCUGCCACCUCUCCGUCGUGCCCCUGCGCGCCGUGGACGUCAUGGCCGCGUCGCCCGGCGACAUCGGCGUGCUCUUCUCGACGGUGUCGGCCGUCGCGAUCGUCGGCGCGCCGCUCGGGGGCUACCUCGCGGACUUUGGGCGGCGGACGGCCGUGGUGCCCGCGGCGUCGCUCACGGUGCUCGGCGCGGCGGCCGUGCCCUUGGCCGCGGACGGCGCCCAGUUCUACGCCGCCAUGAUCGCCUGGGGCUUGGGCGCGUCGCUGAUGACGCCCGCGCUCGCGGCCAUCUCCGCGGACGUCGCGCCGCCCAAGGCGCGCGGCGCCGUCGUGUCCUACUCGCGCGUCGCCCAGGACAGCGCCUUCCUCUGCGGGCCGCUGGCCUACGGCGCGCUCGCCGACGCGCUGAGCCCGUCCGCGGCCAUCUUCGCGUCGUCGGCCUGCUCCGCGGCCGCGCUGGGAUUUUUCGCCGCGCGCGCGCCGGAGACGCUGCCGAAGAAGGCCGCGGCGCCGGUUCUGCCGGACGACGACGCGCCGCCGGCGCGGAGGGACCCGUCGCCGGCGCCGCCCGCGGCGAUGGCCGCGACGCCGCCGAAGGCGCCCGCGCCGAUGCAGGACCCGCCGCGGGACGCGUAA